CAGAAUUCAGAAACAUAUCUAACGUCAGUUUUCACUUUUGAGCAGAGAAGCCUCCGAUUCCGGCACGGUGGGCGGCAUUGCAGAUUCUCGGUGGUUCAUCUCCGCGCCGACUGGACAGGCAUGUCAGAUAAAGAUGAAGAGUUGGCUAUGCCAAGGGAUGCAAAGAUUGUGAAGUCUUUGUUGAAAUCAAUGGGCGUGGGGGAAUACGAACCUCCUGUUAUACACACGUUCCUUGAGUUAUGGUAUCGCUAUAUAGUUGAUGUGUUAACGGAUGCCCAAGUGUAUUCAGAGCACGCAGGCAAGUCCGAAAUCGACUGCGAUGAUGUUAAGCUUGCUAUUCAAUCCAAGCUUAACUUCAGUUUCUCGCAACCACCUCCUCGCGAGGUGCUUCUGGAGUUGGCUCAAAACCGCAACAAGAUACCACUGCCAAAGACUAUAGCUGGGCCUGGUAUCCCGCUUCCACCUGAUCAGGACACGUUAACCAGUCCGAACUACAUGUUUGGAAUUCCAAGCCAAGGGUCUGGUGAACCUGAAGAAACAGAGGAUGAAGAAACUAGUAUUCCCAACCCCUCUCAGGAAGAGAAGACAGACAUGCAACAGCAGGAUCCCCAUCAAAGAGUAUCAUUUCCAACUUCCUUUCAUGAUUAACAAUCUUACUAUAGCUUUACACGAACUUGUUUUACUACAGUGGUAGUAACAAAAACUAAAAUUUUGUAGCUUGUUCAAUUUGUACUUUUGACAAAUUGGUUUCAAAACGGCUCGUUGCGGUCUGAAGUUCUUGUGAACUGAGACUUCACCUCAGCUCUCUAUAGUUGUUGGUUUGGAGCCAUGGUAAUUCUGAUAGGGUGAGAAGAUGGAAAGUGGAAGGAGGAAGAAAAAGAAAGGAUUUUUAUAAAAAUGGUGACGUCACCAAUAAAUUAUUUGAGGGGAGUAGCUGAUAGCUGACAACAUUCUAUUUUUUUUUUUGUAUUAUUGUUGGUAGAGAAGCUAAAUAAAAUAAAAUGAUGUCUUCUAAAAUGAUUUAAAAAAUAGCAAUUAACAGAAUGGACGUCAAUAGCUGUUAUUUAUUAUGUAUUUGCUUGUGUUUAUUCCUUUGU